AUGACGUAUCUCCUAGGCAACCGAGGUGGGGCAAAGACAUCAAGGAUUUACUCACCACCGCCUGGAGUUGUUAUUCUACAUCACGUCGCUCACCGUCCCUUGGUCUCCUCUCUUUCCGCUGCCCGCCUGUCAUCCUACCCGCUUCCAAGUCUGCCUACCGACAUCCUCCAGAUCUGCAGCAAUACCUGCCUCACUAUCUGCCACACAACCUGUUCACUCACCCCAGCCUGGAUCCUCCGCCUCUGUGUCCUGUCUGUCCCCGUUUGGCUUCAACUACCCAGCCCAGCCUCACCAAAGACCAAAAUGUUCCCAGUCUCGGUCCCUCCUGUUCUCGUUUGGAACAGCGCUUUAUUUUUACUAUUCGUCCUCCGGGUCGGGGGAGAGGUCCUACCUCAAGUGGAGGAGUUUAAGUAUCUCGGGGUCUUGUUCACGAGUGAGGGUAGGAGGGAUCGGGAGAUCGACAGGAGGAUUGGUUCGGCGUCUGCAGUGAUGCGGACGCUGAGCCGAUCUGUCGUGGGGAAGAGGGAGCUGAGCCAGAAAGCCAGGCUCUCGAUUUACCGGUCGAUCUACGUCCCAAUCCUCACCUAUGGUCAUGAGCUUUGGGUAAUGACCGAAAGAACGAGAUCGCGGAUACAAGCGGCCGAAAUGAGUUUCCUCCGUAGGGUGGCCGGGCUCAGCCUUAGAGAUAGGGUGAGGAGCUCGGACAUUCGGGAGGGACUCGGAGUAGAACCGCUGCUCCUCCGGAUCGAAAUGAGCCAGUUGAGGUGGUUUGGGCAUCUGGCCAGGAUGCCUCCUGGACGCCUCCCCGGGGAGGUGUUUCGGGCAUGUCCUGCCGGCAGAAGGCCCCCGGGUCGACCCAGGACACGUUGGAGAGGUUACAUCUCCAAUCUGGUCCGGGAACGCCUUGGGGUCCUGCCGGAGGAGCUGGUGGACAAGGCCGGGGAGAGGACGGCCUGGAGCUCCCUAGUUGGGAUGCUGCCCCCGCGACCCGGACCCGGAUAAGCGGAGGAAGACGACGACGUUCUUAAAUAAGUAUUAUUUGUAAUUUUACUCACCCUCGUCUCCGCUUGUGAUUCUUUCAUGUCCUGGGUUAAACAUAUUCCCAACUUGACAGAAUCAACUGGCCAAAAGUCCACCCCCAUGGAAGAAUCACUUCCGCCAGCCAUCGCUAACACUCUAGCCAAACACGAAAGAUCCAUACAAGCCGUCCUUGACCAAUUAUCCUCCACUAAUCAGCAUCUGUUCCAGCUUGACUCCGCCCUUCGCCAGAUGAAUGACGCGAUCCGUACUACACCUCCGUCUACCGCCACUUCCGCAGUCCCAUCCCAGUCAUCACUUCCGGUUCCUCCACCUGGGUUCCGUUUCCGGGUCGCUGAAUCUCCUCAACCCGACACUUUUUCCGACGAACGAGACCUGGCUCCAAGAACGUCAAGCCCGAUGCCCUUUCCCAACAGUAUGCUUCUGAUAAAGACACCCAACCCACUACCAUCCUGCCAGCCUCCUGCAUUGUUGGCUCCAUAGCUUGGGACAUCACAAAUAAGGAAGGACUCAUAUCAUGUAUGGAUUUCAACUAAGAGAAGAACUGACAACUCUAUGAUGAGCAAGUGGCAUCUGCAGGAGUGAAAUCAUUUACACAGGUUAAAUAAAGUUCAAGGAUGUAUUGGAUUUGGCUGGUUUUAUUUUAAAGUUGCAGCUUAGGAUCUAGCUGUAAACCCUCUCCUUCCUGCUUGUUUAUUUCAAUAAUAUCAGCGUUUUGCAGGGUUUGUUCCUCUGUUCUUUUGGCAGGGCUGAGGAUGACAGCAUUGCUCUCUGCCUGGAGUGUAGCUGAGUUUUUCCCAGGUGAUAAUUAAAGUGGAUCGCUCACUGCUCGCUCAUGCAUGUGAAUAAGUGCUGAGUUAAUGGGUAGCAGGAAAUGGGAAACUUUAUUUUGCCGCUGUGGUGUUUGCUAUCUGCUCGAGGUUUGUGUUAGCCAGGAUGGUGUGCAUUCAUGUGACUGGUUUCACACUUAAUCUGUUUUGUCACUAGUGUCACUUUUAAUAGUGUUUCACAUUGAAACGUUGUUUAGAGUCAUUCCAGCAGGCUGUAAAUAUGCAGGAAAAGAUGUGUAAGGUGCACAUUCUUUUUUAAUACAUUUACCUGGCUUAUUAUACCCUGUGAUUUACCUAAUACCCAUUAUCACGGCCCUAAUACAACUUCAUUAGGUAUUCAAGGUUGUUUUUCAUUAUUCCACCAUAACAACAACACUGGUUGUACAUCUCAGUCCUUGAACUACUAGAUAAGAGAUCGAAGGCUUAAAAUUAUCUGCAAUGUUGAUUUUUUUUGUUGUUGAGUGGGGCUAAUUUGCAAUUUCUGUACUGCCCAUAGUAAACAAAGGCCCACAUCACACAACUACGCAUCUACACAGGAAGACUUUUCAGCAGUGGAAGCCUUUUUGCAUCGUUACUAUCAAACACAACCUUGAGCAUCUCCUUUAGCUUCAUACAUGACAUGUUUGGUAAUGGGGCCUACAUACAUACGAGUAUACUCAGAGGAACUUUAACAGUUACAUGUCAUUAAAACCAGCUUUAAAGUAAUGUUUUGUGCUGGGUUUAUUGUGCAGAACUAAAAUAUGAAGCAACAAUCAUUGUAUCCUCAA